GUUUAUACUAUCAACUUGGAAUCUCGUUAUUUACUAAUACAAGGAGUUCCUGCAUUAGGUGUUAUGAAGGAAUUAGUUGAACAAUUUGCAUUAUAUGGUGCCAUUGAAGAGUAUCACGCUCUAGAUGAAUAUCCAGCAGAGCAAUUUACUGAAGUUUAUCUUAUAAAAUUCCAAAAACUGCAAUGUGCAAGGGUGGCCAAGAAAAAAAUGGACGAACGAAGUUUCUUUGGUAGUUUGCUGCAUGUGUGCUAUGCUCCAGAAUUUGAAACACUCCAAGAAACUAGGGAGAAGUUGCAGGAUAGAAGAAAGUAUAUAGCAAAAGCAACAAAUCAAAGAGAUUGCUUUGUGUUAAGGAAAGUAGAGGGGCCUGAGAAGACUGUCUCAAAGAACUCUGACUGUCCACGGAGCACACCAGCGUCAUGUACAACUGGUAACUGGGAUCCAUCCUGCUUUACAAGUUCUCAAAGGGUAUCCCAAAACACAGGCUAUCCAUCUGGGAAUCAUAAUCAGAGGCUGUUGACAUUUCCCCAGUAUGAUAACAAGUGUGCUGAAACUUCUGGGUACUUUGGUCAAAGCACAUCCCUAACUCUAAAUGUGCAGCCAGGAGGACGUGCUCCACCAACUCCUUUAAUGCAGCAAAGAACAGUUCCGAUUGAUAAUGGAAUCGAGAGGUUUAUGCCUCGUACAACUCACCUGCAAGAACGUAAAAGGAAAAGAGAAGAAGGUAACAAGUUUUCCCUCAUUGGAACAAGUGCGGACAGUACUGAAGUUGUUAUUGGUCCACAGCUACCAGAAAUACCUAAAGUGGAUAUGGAUGAUGACUCACUGAAUACUUCAGCUACAUUAAUUCGAAAUAAACUGAAAGAG